AUGGCUCAAGCAUCUCAUCCUCCAGAAACCCUUCGCUCCCAGGCGAACAAGGAAACUCACCAUAAAGAAAACAACACCAACACAGAGGACAAUGAUAACACCAUCUCUGAAAAUACCUCUCCCAAAAGCUUCGCUCUUGAACAAGUUUACUCUGAAAAGACCGCAGUAGUUAUACUCAAUCCACGAAAAUGCUCCAACAUCCUGGACAGUCACUUGGACGACAUUAGAGUCCCAAUCUUGCAGCCUAAGACACCUCAGAGGCGGAUGCACCUCGCUGUCACCAAUCCAAACCAAUUGAGAACAGUGUCACUCCAACUUACUGACUCUGAUGGUCUGCUUGAUGCUGGCCUAGAAGACCUGAUGAUUCCGGUGUUGGAGCCUGAGCGAAAACCUCUUAUCGUCGCUCGUGUACGCAAGAACUCCGAUGCAACGAAGCCUUGGCGACUAGGGAUGGCUACCGUUCCCUGGGAUGGCAAUAUUCGCUGGGCCAUAAAGGGAUGUAGUAUAUUUGAGAAUCAGCAAGAUGAGGCCGAUGCCUUCUCUUAUCGCCCGAACCUUCUUUCUCGGCAACCCGUCUCGGAUCUCUGGAUUUUCCAGUACGGUCUCCGAUAUAUUCCUGCUGGAGGGGAGUCAAAUGUGUUUCGCACUGUCCGGGUGGAGAAGCUCGCGUCAAACGUGACUCUGAGCCAGGUACUGCCAUUUGUUCCGGGGGAGAUCUACUCGGCUUCUCUCUGCAACACAAGCCCUAUCACGGGGUAUAACACUGUGAUUGUUGUGUUUGUGCUCGAGGGGGAUGCACUAGACUUUGUUCAGAGAUCAAAGGAAGGACUUUCUUUGGGCUUCUGCGUGGCCAGCGUUGGUCUCGUUCACACUCCAACUUACCCCAUGACGUCCGAGAUGAACCAGCUCAUCUUUCAGAAGGGGUAUACCCGGUGCUUGGUCAUCAGCAACCAUCGGAGGUCAUUGAGGGAUGAGAUUUACCGCGUACUGAAGCGGUCUGCCUACUACAACUAUAUUGAGAGCGUGGAGGAAGGACAGGUGGUGGGUGAUAUCUAUGUCCGUUUCUAUUCAGUCAAGAUGGCCGCAGCCGCGUAUGAUCUUUUUCAAGGUCAUCCGAGCUUUGAAAGAUGCAGCAUUAAAUUUCUCAGAAAGGCCACUGAGUAA